AUUAGCGCGAACGCCAUCCUACACUGGGCUUCCAUCUUUGAACUUUGACGAUGCUCCCCAAGUGCAGGCAUCUUCGGGGAAGAAACUCUCAGCUUCGAUUCCAGCACAAAACUAAUCCUAAAACUUGGCCGAUCAGCAAAAUCGGCGAACCUAUGAUUCUAUUGAGUGUCCUCUGAAGAUACAGAGAUUAAUUACACGGUGUUGUUUGCAUCAUAAAUUUGCGUAGAUAAUCGAUGGAUCCGGAACAGACGUUUAUACGCGUACAGGAACGGUUCUCUCAGAUGCUGAGUCCGAGGAUUCGAGCUACACUCGAAUAUUUCUUGCUCUUCGUCGCCGUCACUCUCUUCUGUAUUCUCGUUGUUAUGCACGCCAACUAUGUUCAGCAGCCUGGCUGUUCGAGCGAGUUGUCAAAAGUGGACAUCUCAGAUGUGCAAAUUAUUCAAAUCAAGAUUACCAGUGCUGGCUUGUGGUUCCAGAAUGAGACGGAGUAUAAUGAAGUUGAUGUCUCUAGUGGGGAAAGUAAUAGUGAGAUUCUGAAAGUCAUACAUGUUGUAGAAGAUGGAUCAGUUAUUCUGACAGCAAAGUUAUGGUUGAACUGGCUUGUUGCUGGAGCUUGGACGGGUAAAUCUCCUCCAAAAUUUUGGAAGGCAGAUAGUGAAUUUCUGAAAUCUCAACCUGAAAUUUCUACCGGCAGUGAUAGCAUUAAGUCAGCAGGUGAUGAUACUGCUCUUAAAAUUAGUAAAGAUGGGUCACUUAGCCGGCUUCUUAUCUCACCAAAGGAAUCGCUCAAAGCAGCUAUAUCCCAGCUCGGCCGAAAGUGGCAUGGGCGUUUGUCUGUCCUUUGGAGAUUUAUAAAGCGUGUUGUUGGAGGAUUAUGGGAUAUUGCUGGUAUACAUUUGAAAAUUGAUAUUCCAGAGCUGCUUAAAACGCUGCAUUUGCACAGGCUUAACUCCUAUGCUGUACAAUGGCUUGAGAGGAGAAGCAACACAUAUGAACCAACUUUCAUAUACACAGUGGAGAAGGGUUAUUUCUUGAUUCCAGAAGAAGCCAGGUUACAACACAACAUUCGUGCAAUCAACAUAAGCAUCUCAGCUGAGCAUCCAUGCUUUGGAAACAGGUGGCAGCAACUUCUUAUCAACAGGCUUGUUGGAUAUGAUACUAUUCUGAUUAAUAGUUUGUUGAGUUCUCCGGGUCAAGGCUAUCUUUAUAAUCACCAAACAAAGGAGUUCUUUAAUCUUACUUAUGCACAUGAGCAACCUGAAAGUUCUGCAAGGUUUGGAGAUUACCUUGUGACAAAGUGUGGUGUGCUAAUGAUGUCACUUUUUGUUUUCUUCACAACCACAAUGUCAGUUUCAUUUACACUAAGAGAGACCCAAACUCGCAUGCUGAAGUUUACAGUUCAGCUCCAACAUCAUGCUCGGCAUAGGCUUCCAACUUUUCAGUUAAUCUUUGUGCAUGUAAUUGAAUCCCUUGUUUUUGUACCGAUAAUGAUUGGUAUCCUAUUUUUCCUGUUUGAGUUUUAUGAUGAUCAAUUAUUGGCUUUCAUGGUCUUGAUUCUUGUUUGGCUUUGUGAACUAUUUACGCUAAUCAGUGUACGUACACCAAUAUCAAUGAAAUACUUUCCCCGCUUCUUUUUGCUCUACUUUCUGGUUUUCCACAUCUACUUCUUUUCCUAUACUUACGGGUUUUCUUAUCUAGCACUCUCUGCAACUGCUGCAUUCGUGAACCACCUAAUUAUGUACUUCUGGAACCGUUUUGAGGUUCCAGCACUGCAGAGGUAUAUGCAAAACCGACGUUCACAUUUUCAACAGCAACCGGACUUUCACAUCACAUCACAGACUUUUCUUGCAUCAACCCUACAUAUCACAAGGCUAAAUACAAGGAAUCCCAGUCCAGUCAAUGCAGAUUUGCCUCCUGGAGUUGGGCCUAGAGCAGGAAUUGAAGCAGCAGUGCCAAGAGAUGGCAGCACAGAAUUUUCAGGAGGUGAAGUAGUAGCAGCAAAUGGAAACCCAGAUAGAUUAGGAAAUCCCCUUCAAAUUGGAGAACAGCCUGAUAUCCGCCCACCUGAGAACGGAGCCAACCCCAACCCCAACCCCAACCCCAACCCCGGAGCCAUGAAUCCAUUUAGCUCCUUACUGUUGUGGAUUUUGGGGGGUGCUACUUCUGAAAGUGUCAACUCCUUCCUUUCCAUAUUCAGAGACCAUGCUCAAGUUUAUGCAGCAGGUAACCCCAGACAAGAAAAUCGGGCAUCACAGACUGCUGAAUAGAAUGGCGACUUUGUACUUUAAUAGAAAAAAAAAAAAUGGUACUUAAAAGCUGACGUUAAUUACCCGCAGAAUGCAAGAAAGAGUUGAAGAAGGGCAGGAUUGCAUUUUCUAGCAAAAGACAGGCACAAUGUUUAAAGCUCUAGCUAAGAAUUAAUGAAUUAGAGGAAACCAUGUUCAAUUGUAAUAUCCAUGUACAGAGAGUCAGUGAUGAUAUCAUAGUGAUUUUGUCGUAUUAGGUAUAUUAUUUUCAA